AUGGUUACAAAUACUGGAACACGAGCAGCAAAUCCAAAUCACUCAGCGUCGAAAUUGCAGGAUAUUAUGUUCUCACUCAACUGGAAAUGUAUAAUCAUUAUGGUGUUCAGAAAUCUUGGCCGGUUGUAAAUUGGAUUGUUAGACAGAGAAACUCCAACGGAGGAUUCGUCUCAACUCAAGACACAAUUGUUGCCUUGCAAGCAUUGGCGAAGUAUUCAGCAUUAGAAUCUCAAAUAUCUGCGAAUAUGAACAUAGUUUUGAAAAGCAAUGAACUGGUCUCGGAGAUCAAAUUGGAUGAAUAUAAUAGGCUCGUAGUGCACACUUCCAAAAUUCUUAUCUUGCCAGCUGUUGUUCAGUUACAAGCUAUUGGCAAAGGAUGUGCUCUAGUGCAAUUUUCUGUGAGGUAUAAUGUCAAAGCCGUUACGGAAAACGAAGCUUUUGAAAUCAGUAUUAACGUUUUCCAUGAAGAGAACAGCUUCUGUACGAGACCGCGUAUUCAUAUUUGCGUAAGGUAUAUGAACAAUAACGAAACAUCUAAUAUGGUUGUGGUUGCAGUAAAAAUGGUAUCAGGGUUCUUACCAAGAGAAACGAGUCUUGAUGAGCUAAAAUCAGAUCCAUCGAUACAGUUGAAAGGUUAUGACGUAGAAGGCAAUCUCGUCAAUCUCUACUUUAAUGAACUUACAGAUAUAUGUAAAUGCUUCAGCUUUGGCAUAAAGCAAGCAUACCAAGUAAAAAACGUGCAACCAGCAACUGUGAAGGUAUAUGAUUACUAUCAGCCAGAACUUGAAGUAACAAAGAACUACUCUAUUCCUUCGUCUUGUUUAUCGGAUGUACGUGAAAGCACUCAUGAAAGUCAUGCUUUGUCUAGCUUCGAAACCUCGUUCUCUGGUAAAACAGGUAGGCUGGAUUGUCCUAUAUGCACGUACUCGUUUCCUGACAAUUUCAAAGAUGUAUUUUGUACUUCUGAUUUUGUUUUAAAAGUAACUGUUACAUCUAAAGAAGGAAAUGUAGUAGAAAUAUUGCAAGAUAUGAGUUACGAGCAACAUCCGCAACCAUUUAAAAUGUUUGCCGAAAUUACACGAGAUGACAAUUGCCCCUGUAGACAGUUAAAUCGAAAUGGAAGCACUCUUAUAAUAGCAGGGACAUCACUUAGGUUAUGGAACUCAGAGCAAGACAAAUUCCAUAUCCAUCUCACAAGACAAGUGCGCGUCAUAUUAUCAUCUCACCAAGGGAUUAAACGCGAAAUACUGAAACAACUUCGAAGUUCUUGUGAUAGCGAUUCUAGAUUUCCUACCAAUUAAUAUUCGUUGCUUUUUAAUUCAAAAAGACACCUAAAAUGAUUCACAUUUCACAUUAUUCACGAGUAAAGGUAUGUUGUCUCGAAACAGUCAUCCAUUACAUGAAGUUUAAAAAAAAAUGGAAGAAUAAAUGAAAAAAUAUAAUACAGAAUGUUUAUUAUUUUUUUGGCUCGGAGAAUAAUUUUAUACAUAAUAAAGCAAAUUAUUGAGUAAAAUGCAAUGAAGAAAAUUAAUCAUAAAAAAAUUAAGUAGCAUGAUUAUAUUUUAAAUGCGGUUGACUGCGACGAAAUAUGUCAAUAAUCAUACUUUGUUCUUUGAACAUUAUGCCUAAAAUCAAACCACAUUAAAUUGAGAGAAAUAUUUACAUUAUUACAUAAUGCAUGCUUACAAAAGAUGAAGAUCAGUUGCGCCAUAGUUUGUGACGAAAACAUGCUAAACUGAGAAGUUCAUAGUUAUUUUUAAAGUUGAAUUACGUUGCGAAGAUAAAUGCACUGAAACGGGAUAUGUUUGCGCUGUUACGUGCUGCGGAGAUCUUUUCGAUAAUACCACAAGUUUAACUGAGAAAAAAAUGAUGAUUUAUUGUAAUUAAUUAAAAUGCAAUGAAAUGUAAAUUACUGUAAAUAGCACAAGAAGACCACAGAGAAAAGGCAUCAUAUCUCAGAUCAUCAUUAUCACUUAUGAUGCCAACUCUGCAUAUGAUGCCCCGAUGCCACUGAAAAACACAGUGCCAAUACUACGCGAUACCACUCAACAUAUGGUUCACACAUCUUAUAAGGUACUUUCUGCCUCCUUUCUGCAUUCAUUCAUGGUGUAACUGGAAGCACACUCAACGAGUCUUAAGGAGGUCUGGAGUUCAAAUCCCGACGAGGGCAUUGCACAUUUUUCAUGUUCCUGCAUCAUUAUAUAACCUAAUUACUCUAUAAGUGGCACCCGAACUAAAACGCUGGUGGACGAUAACUCGUUACCACCAGGAUUUAGUGACUGGGACCCCAAAUCCACAGCCCUCCUAGUCCUUGGAAAGAGGAGUAUAUAAGGCACUUUCUCCCUCCUUUCCACAUGCUUUCGUGUCACCAUUCAUGUGACUUUUACAUGGCCAUUCAGGCGACCUUUAUAAAUGUGCAUUUUGCCUGUACUGCUAUUGGUAUACUACAUUUUGCCUAUACCGCCAUGCACUGCCGGAUUAUAAUACUGCCUCCUUCAUAUUUUGAACUACAUAAUUUUGUAUUCUUCACCUUUUCUUCGUUUCACAUAGGAUGCAUCGGAUGUUCUAAGCACCAAAAUAUAAGGGAAAAAUUAUAAUUUCUCAGAAGUUAGUAUGUAACAAAAACAUUGGGAAUAUAUUUUAACAUAAAUUCACAUAUUUAUAUUAAACAUGUAAAAGACCUAUUGAUUAAGCAUUUAAAAUAUUAGUAUUUCUUUAACACUUUAAUUGUCAUGGACGAGGUCGACUCGCAUUCAAGUUACGCACUGCAGUGGGCGCAAACAAACAUCCUGACAUUACAAAUUUACGACAGGCAGAUAUCGCACAUGUUUGGGAUGAAAGAACUGCUUAAUCUUGCAACCGCCGAAGGUUUAAAAUAGUAUUUUGAUGCAACAAAAAAAGACAAAAAAUGACAAUCUGUCUCUUUUAGUUUAAAGAUCACUGGAGUUUAAUGCUUAGAAUUACUAACGGAAGUGUGAGGAUUUUAUAGAAAUAAAACGAACAAAAGCUUUUACACACACACUCAUAUAUAUUUUGUUUUAUUUUAUUUCUUAUUUAUUACAAUUAUUCAUUCAAAAAAUGCCCCUAUGUAAAACUGGCCGUUUAUAUAAGAAAUAAAAUACAUAAUUUAAGAUGUAUGCAAUUGUAUUUCUAACAAAUGUUAAAUCUAUAAAUGAAUUACAAAUUAUACUUGGACAGUUACUUGGCAUUAUACCGAGAUUAAAAUGAUGUUUCCUAAAA